AUGAAAGACGUCCCCAACGGCCGACGACGAGAUCCGGCCGAACAACCAGGAUUCCGGCCCAUUUACGGGAAUACGAUUUUCGGGGCCCCCGAUAGUGGAGCUCCAAGAAGGGCUCCCUUUUUUUCAACAAAAAUUAGACCCGAACAGAAAAGAAAGCGGCACUUGGCCCGCCUACGAGGAGAGAUUGCCCCAUGGACGGGCCCAAUCCGGGAGCCACUAUACAAAAACACCAGAGAAGGUCAACGUGAAAGUCGGCGUGAAGAAUAUCGCAACCGGCCAAUCAUCCCACCAUCCCGUCCGGACGAUCCAAUCAUCAUUGGCCCAUCACCCGAACAGCGGGAAAUAAAUCUCCGCCGGGUCUUGGAUCGAUUUGCAGCUGCUGACCCUCCUCCAAGACGAUACUUCCCGACACCGGCUGAGAGAGCCGAAUUCGCCAGACAGAUAUCGGCACCUGCCACCCAAGACUUCCGGAUCACCAGGGGGCUGUUUCACGGCCCCAAACAACAUCAACCAAACGUACCAGUCCAGGCAGCCGCCGCCGAAGAAGAAGGAGCCGUUGGCGGAGAAGAGAAAAGAGAAGAAGGUGCAGUUGGAGACGAAGACAGCGAGGAGGACGAGACUCUGCAGGUGCUCUACGUGAGCCUGUCAAUUGAAGAGCCGACACAAGCUCCCAUCCCGACACCACCUAAACCAACAGAGCCAACACGGCAAGGCCGAUCAAGAGGAAGGGGGCUACUGAUGUACUCGCCAGAGAGUCUCAGAAAAAGCUUCAGAGAGAGCCUUAGAGAACGAUCCAAAUCCAGGAUCGCCUGGAUUCGAAGACUGGCGGAGCAACAAGAAGAAAAUUAG